AUGGAUUUCAUUGAUACAUUUGCCAAGCGAAGCUUUGCUUUCAACCAAAUUCCUGAUUUAAAAGGAAAAGUUGCCAUCGUAACUGGCAGUAAUACAGGCAUUGGCAAAGUGUGCGCCUUGGAGAUGGCUAAACAAGGGGCUACUGUAGUCCUUGCUUGCCGUACUAAAGAAAAGACCAUGAGAGUGGUCGAUGAGAUCAAAUCACAAACAGGCAAUGAUAACGUAGAAUUCAUUGAGUUGAAUCUACUCAAAUUAUCCAGCGUCAAAGAAUUUGCAGAUCAAUUUUUAGCCCGCCACAACGAAUUGCAUAUUUUGAUGAACAAUGCAGGUGUCAUGAUGUGUCCAUUCGGUCUGUCUGAAGAUGGCAUUGAGACACAAUUCGCCACAAACCAUGUUGCCCAUUUCUAUCUGACCAUGUUAUUAUUGCCCGUUUUGGAGAAAUCAGCACCAAGCCGUAUCAUCAAUGUCAGUUCUAUUGGCCACAGAUUGCCAUUCAAGGCAUUGAACUUGGAGUCCAUCAGUGAUCCUGCUAAAUAUAACAAAUACAUCCAUUAUGCCAAGUCCAAGACCUGUAACAUCUUAUUUACAAGAGAGCUGAACAAGAGGCUUGAGGCAAAAGGUGUCAGUAAUGUUUAUGUUAAUGCCAAUCAUCCAGGUGGUGUCAAGACUGACCUCUAUCGCCACACAUCUUCCAUCUUGAAUUUCUUCUUCAAUGCGUUCUUGAUCACUCCCGAGGAUGGUGCUUUAACUCAACUUUAUCUUGCAACUAGCCCUGAUGUUGAGCAAAAGCCAAUCAAGGGCGAAUACUAUGUUCCUUUUGCCAAUCCUGCUAAACCUCAAGGUGUCGCUGCUUCUGAGGAUGGUCCCUUGAAGCUUUGGGAGUUUACUGAGAAUUUGUUGAAGGAAAAGGUUCCUGGCUAUCAAGGAGCACCUAUUUAA